GGAGCCAGGCAGGGCCCGCCCGGCGCCGCGCACCGCGCCGCGGCUCUCCGGGACCGCUCCGCCAUGGCCGCGACUCACAUGGCUGACGUGAGCUGGAAGAUGCUGGAGCUGCGCGCUCGCUCCAAACGCUCAGCGUGCUUCUUGGAGUAAGAUGUAGUAAACGUGGAGUAUAGACACACGUGCCUGAAAUGCACCAGUGACUCAUGUUUUAUAGCCUGCAGCAAUGGAUCAUGUAAGACUCAAAUCCUGUAGGAGGGAAUUUUUUUGAAAAUUACUGUAGCUUAGCCUGAGCCGUUUGUGAUUAGCUGCACCAAUUUGAAAUGGCCAAUUUGGAUGAUGACAGAGCCUCCUCUGCGCAUGCUUUUUUAAAAUUUGAGGGUCACAGAUUGUCUGGUUCAAUUUAUGAGCCACUUAAAUGUAUUAACCUUCCAAAGCCGGAGGGGGAAACUCUGUGGGAUAAAUUAAAUCAUUACUAUAGAAUUGUUAAAUCAACGUUGCUGGUCUAUCAAAGCCCAACCACAGGUCUGUUCCCUACCAAGACUUUUGGGAGUAACCAAAAGGCAAAAGUCCAUGAUAGCCUUUACUGUGCUGCCUGUGCCUGGGCAUUGGCCCUUGCUUACAGGCGCAUUGAUGAUGACAAGGGAAGGACCCACGAGCUGGAGCAUUCUGCCAUCAAGUGCAUGAGAGGGAUUCUCUACUGCUACAUGCGCCAGGCCGAUAAGGUUCAGAAAUUUAAACAAGACCCCAAACCAUCUGCAUGUCUGCAUUCUGUGUUCAAUGCACAAACUGGAGAUGAGGUCUUCUCCCAUGAGGAGUAUGGACACCUUCAGAUCAAUGCUGUGUCAUUAUUUCUUCUCUAUCUGGUUGAGAUGAUCUCUUCGGGGCUGCAGAUUAUCUACAACACGGAUGAGGUGUCCUUUAUCCAGAAUCUUGUGUUCUGUGUGGAGAGAGCCUAUCGUGUACCAGACUUUGGUGUCUGGGAAAGAGGCAGCAAAUACAACAAUGGCAGCCCAGAGCUGCACUCAAGCUCCGUGGGACUGGCAAAAGCAGCUUUAGAAGCAAUUAAUGGUUUCAAUCUGUUUGGAAAUCAGGGCUGCUCUUGGUCUGUCAUCUUUGUGGAUUUCGAUGCCCAUAACCGGAACAGACAGACCCUGUGCUCCUUGCUGCCCCGGGAGUCAAGGUCUCAUAAUACUGAUGCAGCUCUUCUGCCCUGCCUUAGUUAUCCUGGAUUUGCUUUAGAUGAUGAGGUUCUGUUUGGUCAAACACUAGAUAAAAUUAUUAGGAAGUUGAAAGGCAAAUACGGGUUUAAGAGAUUUCUGAGGGACGGCUACAGGACGGCGCUGGAGGACAGGACACGGCGCUACUACAAACCAGCAGAGAUCAAGCUUUUUGAUGGCAUUGAGUGUGAAUUCCCUCUUUUUUUUAUUUUCAUGAUAAUUGAUGGCAUUUUUAGAGGAAAUCCUACACAAGUAAAGGAAUAUCAGGAUCUUCUGGACCCUUUGCUUCAACAUACGCCUGAAGGGUGCCCCGUUGUCCCCAAGUAUUACUACGUGCCUGCUGACUUUGUGGAGCUGGAGAAGAAGAGCCCGGGCAGCCAGCGGCGGUUCCCCAGUAACAACGGGCGGGACGGGAAGCUGUUCCUGUGGGGCCAGGCCGUGUACAUCAUUGCCAAGCUGCUGGCUGAUAAAUUAGUGAGUCCUAAAGAUCUGGACCCUAUUGGCCGGUACGUAGCUCCCCAGGACCAGCGCAACGUCAGCAUGAGGUUCUCCAACCAGGGUCCUUUAGAAAAUGAUUUGGUGGUACAUGUGGCCCUGAUAGCAGAAAGCCAGCGCCUGCAAGUUUUUCUGAACACAUAUGGAAUCCAAACUCAGACCCCCCAGCAGGUGGAACCAAUUCAGAUAUGGGCUCAGAAAGAACUUGUCAAAGCUUACUUCCAUUUGGGAGUCAAUGAGAAACUGGGAUUAUCUGGAAGACCGGACAGACCCAUAGGAUGCCUUGGAACAUCAAAGAUUUAUCGAAUACUGGGGAAGACUGUAGUUUGCUACUCGAUCAUUUUUGAUCUCAGUGAUUUCUACAUGUCUCAGGAUGUUAUGAUGUUGAUUGAUGAUAUUAAGAACGCCCUGCAGUUCAUUAAGCAGUACUGGAAAAUGCACGGCCGGCCCCUGUUCGUGGUGCUGAUCCGGGAGGACAACAUCAGAGGCAGCAGAUUCAGUCCCAUAUUAGAUAUGCUGGCAGCCUUUAGAAAGGGACUUGUUGGAGGAGUGAAGGUUCAUGUUGACAGAGUACAGACAUUAAUAUCUGGAGCAGUUGUUGAACAACUUGACUUCCUAAGCAUCACUGAAGCAGAAGAGGCUCCUGUAUUUAAGAGUUUGGAGGAGCUGGAUCUUCCAAAACAUUCAAAAGUCAAGAGACAAUCUAGUACUCCCAAUGCUUCUGAACUUGAGCAGCAACCAGAUGUAAAUAUUAAUGACUGGAAAAACAAGUCAACAUAUGAGAUCCUGCAGAAACUUAAUGACUGCAACUGCCUGGCAAGUCAAGUGUUACUCUCAAGUAUAUUGCUUAAAAGGGAAGGGCCGAAUUUCAUCACCAAGGAAGGUACUGUUGCUGAGCACAUUGAAAGAAUCUACAGACGAGCUGGCAGCAGAAAGCUCUGGUUGGUGUUGCGCUACAGUGCUGCAUUUGCACAGAAAUUUUCUUCUUCUAUUACCCCACAUAUUACUACUUUACUGGUACAUGGGAAACAGGUGACGCUGGGAGCUUUUGGCCAGGAGGAAGCAGUUAUUUCUAACCCCUUAUCACCCGCAGUGAUAAAGGACAUGAUCUAUGAUAAAUGCCGACUGCAAGAUGAAAGGGAAGCCGUGGUGCAGCAGGAACUGGUCAUCCAUAUUGGCUGGAUCAUCUCCAAUUCCCCAGAACUCUUCAGUGGAAUGCUGAAGAUACGGAUUGGAUGGAUUAUCCAUGCUAUGAAGUACGAACUGAAGAUCCGUGCUGGGGAUAUGCCAGCCAAGGACUUGUACCAGAUGUCCCCCAGUGAGGUGAAGCAGCUCCUGCUGGACAUUCUGCAGCCUCAGCAGCCGGGCAGGAGCUGGCUGAACAGGAGGCAGCUGGAUGGCUCCCUGAACAGAACUCCUGCGGGCUUCUACGACCGCGUGUGGCAGAUCCUGGAGAGAACCCCCAACGGCCUCAUCGUGGCAGGCAGAUUCCUGCCCCAGCAACCAACCUUAUCGGAUAUGACGAUGUACGAAAUGAAUUUUUCCCUCCUAGUUGAAGAUAUGCUGCAAAACAUCGACCAGCCACAAUACAGGCAGAUCAUCGUGGAGUUGCUGAUGGUUAUAUCUGUUAUUUUGGAGAGAAAUCCUGAGCUAGAGUUCCAGGACAAAGUGGACUUGGACAAGGUGGUGCAAGAAGCAUUUCAUGACUUCCAGAAAGAUCACAGCAGUCCAAAGGGAGCUGAAAAUCAAAGUGACAUGACUGCAUUCUACAACACCCACCCGCUUGGAAAAAAGGGAACGUGCAGCUACUUGAGCAAGGCUGUGAUCACUUUGCUGCUGGAAGGGGAAAUGAAAUCCAGCCACGAUGAUCCUUGCACCAUUAGCUAGAGCUUGGCACACAGCACAGGAGUUGCUGCUUUACUUAGUGUUCCAUGUAUUUUUCAAGCCAGUUAUGAGGGACUGGUUUGAAGGGUAGCCCUGGCUAGUGACACAAAUGCAUCCUAUCCUUUGCUGAAAGAAGUGCCAUUAAAGAUACCAAGUGCCACCAGAUUUGUUCCUUUCUCAGCUAUGCAGCAUGAAACUGAGCACAUGAAGUUAGGCCUAUGGGAUUUGAUUAAGUUGAAUGGGAAUGUAUUUAUGAUCUUAAAAUAUGCAUCUACUGUAGCUGGUAAAUUCAAGGGAAGGGCAGUACGAGAUUUUGUCUUUUUACCUCUAUUUAUUUAUAAUUGCAAACAAGUAGAAGAUAAAUUAACAUGCAUACCGAUCAGUGUGAAAAUACAAAAACUGGAUUAUUUUCUUAUUAUUCUACAAUCAAAUUGGAGGUGAAGUAUUUGUUAUUCUCCUAAGGUUUUCUUUAUCAGUUCAAGUGACAGCAUUCGUUUAAUGUGUUGGUUUUUUUAAUUUACAGGUUGGUAACUUGAUAUACAGGUUUCAUCCUAAUAGAGCAACUUUUUAUCUCUAGCAAUACACAUCACUGUAUUUUCCCAGUUGUUAUUUAAACAUCUGUAAGUUAACAGGGGAAAUGUAUGGUAACACAAUAAAAGUUUGUUUUUUAAAAAAAGGCAAACGAGCUGUAUUUAAAUUAAAAUCAAUGAAGAAAUAACUUUGUAUUACAUAUGUUAUCAUGGUAUUAAAGAAUUCAAGAUACACUUAUUUAUCUCCUAAAUGUGUGAAAAUGCUGUAUGCUAUAUGCUUUAUUUUGGUGAAAAUAAUAAAAAGCAAAUGCUUGUAAAAAA